UGUCAUCAUUACUUCGCACGCAAUAUCUGACGUUAUUAGUUCCUUCCAUCCACACAUAUAUAAUUGCCUGAGACCAUCUCUUAGACCUUCUCCUUGUCAAUUAUCAGACUACCACACCAGUUGCCCAACAUUUACUUCCUACGCCAAUUCUUCCACCGCGCCGCUAGCCCAACCACCAUGUCUGCCGCAAAGACCAAAGUUCAGGGCAUCGUUGACGAGAACCCAGUCGCGGUGUUCAGCAAGUCAUACUGCCCAUUCUGCAAGGCUACCAAGGCUCUGCUGAGUGAGCUCGGUGCCAAAUACUACGCCAUCGAACUCGAUCAAGUCGAUGAUGGAGCUGCCAUCCAGGAUGCUCUUGCCAACUUAACCGGACAGCGGACCGUCCCGAACGUCUUCAUCGGGCAGCAACAUAUUGGAGGGAACUCGGACGUGCAAGCUAAGAAGAGCGAGCUUCCGACCCUCCUAAAGGAAGCUGGAGCUGUAUGAUCGAUACCCGGAGACAACUACAAUGAAAUGUGAAUAUUUACUGAAGACGAAAUAAGAAUUUCCUUGGCUUUCAUUUCCUCUCGUCGUGUCGGCUCAUAUUAUGUGAUAUGUCCAUUAAUUUGUUCAAGUCCAACCAUAAAUAUACGAAUGCCUACUAUCAAAACGUAACGCCAGUCGCCCAUGUCUUCUAUCCCUUCACAAAGCCUCUACCCGAACGCCCUGUAUCGUUCAUCACAUUUCGUCACCCUUUAUUGAGCCAUCUUUAGAUCCCAAGCGCAUUCCCCUUCUUCACACCAUCAGUCUG